AUGGCUCCCCCCAAGGCGCGCCGCAAUACCACCUUUGUGGCCGCCCUGUGCUACCUCAUCACCAUUCCUUUUCUAGUCCUCGUCCUCAUCGGCAACAUCCACAUCAACGGCGUUCUCAACGACAUUUUCUUCUUCAAGCUCGACGUGUCCCACAUCAUCCCCAUUGCCGUCGACAACUCGCAGCUGCUCAACUCGGUCGCGCGCAGUCUAGGUCUGCACGACUUUUACUCUGUUGGUCUGUGGAACUUUUGUGAAGGCUAUCUCGAUGAAGGCGUCACGUAUUGCUCGCGGCCAAAGCAGUUCUACUGGUUCAAUCCGGUCGAGGUCCUCGUCAGUGAACUGCUCGCCGGUGCCAAAAUUGCCCUCCCCGCGCAGGUCAUUACCAUCCUCAAGCUCUUGCGCAUCGGCUCCCAGGUCAUGUACGGCUGCUUCAUGGCUGGCACCGUUCUCAACGCCAUCCUCCUUCUCCUCACCCCCCUCGCCACCCGUCGUCGCUUGUUUUCCCUCUUCAUCUCCAUCAUUGGACUACUGUCCGUGAUUGUGCUCGUCGUUGCCUCCGUAAUCGCCACCGUCAUUAGCGUCGCUGCCAGGAUUGCCCUCACGGCCCAAGAUCAGCUCAACAUUAACGCCGAAAUUGGCAUCAAGAUGUUUGUCUUUAUGUGGAUCGGUAGCCUUGUCACGCUGCUCGCAUUUCUGCUGCACUCGGCCAUGGGCUGCUUCUGCCGGCCACAGCGGCUCAAGCGAGGCCGAUCCUCGUCGUCGAAGCGCUCCAAUACCAGCAUGGCGGAGACAAGUAGCAGCAACAACAACCAUUUCGGUGCGCUUCCUCGCUUUGUGCGACGAAACAAGGCGAGCGGCUCGACGGUGUAA